UCAUGCACGCUUUUGCGAAAUUGAAUACUAAUUAGUGACUGUGUUGCUGAGUGGUGUGGCAUAUAAAAUAGUCGCUCACUUUUACGGUCCACAGUGUCGGAAAUCAGCCACUUUCAACACAACCGAUUCCGCAAAUAGAGUGGUGCAAAGAUGAAGCCCCUUUACUUUCUGCUGCUAGUAUUUGCUGUGGGUCCGGAAACUUUUGCCCAAAGGAUUUAUCGCAAUACGCCGGAUUGUUCGGAAUAUAAUAAUGGAGACCUCUUGCCGAACGAACAUAGCUGUUAUCGUUACUUCAUCUGCAGACGUGGCAGAGCUAUAGCGCGCAGAUGUCGCAGGGGAAUGCAAUUUGAUAGUGAAACGAAAGCUUGCGUGGCACCGGAGCUAGCUAAGUGUUAUGUAACUCAUGAUGAAGACCAAUCUUUUGAUGGGUCAGAACCGCCGUGUGAAGACAGAUAUUUUGAUGAUACAGAACCGCCGUGUGAGACGACGGAACCGCCGUGUGUCACAACAACUCCUCCACCUUGUGUUACGACGGAACCGCCGUGUGUCACAACAACUCCAACACCUUGUGUUACGACGGAACCGCCAUGUGACACAACAACUCCAACACCUUGUGUUACGACGGAACCGCCGUGCAGCCUUGUGAACCAACAAGACCGCCUUGCAACAACAUCCAAAACUACAACUACUAAAACUACAACUACAAAGACAGCAACCACUAAAACCACAACUACAAAGACAACAACCCCCAAGCCUACAACUGUUAAAACUACAACAGUACCGUGCGAAACAGAAGCAACAACACCGUCUUGCGACACACCAACACCAACACCUUGCACUUGCAAACCUACAACACCGGAGACAACUCCCUGUAUCACAACGCCAACAACCAAGACUACUAAGGCAACAACCACUAAAACCACAACUACAAAGACAACAACUCCCAAGCCUACAACUGUUAAAACUACAACAGUACCGUGCGAAACAGAAGCAACAACACCGUAUUGCGACACACCAACACCAACACCUUGCACUUGCAAGCCUACAACACCGGUGACAACUCCCUGUAUCACAACGCCAACAACCAAGACUACUAAGGCAACAACUCCCAAGCCUACAACUGUUAAAACUACAACAGUACCGUGCGAAACAGAAGCAACAACACCGUCUUGCGACACACCAACGCCAACACCUUGCACUUGCAAACCUACAACACCGGAGACAACUCCCUGUAUCACAACGCCAACAACCAAGACUACUAAGGCAACAACUCCCAAGCCUACAACUGUUAAAACUACAACAGUACCCUGCGAAACAGAAGCAACAACACCGUCUUGCGACACACCAACGCCAACACCUUGCACUUGCAAGCCUACAACACCGGAGACAACUCCCUGUAUCACAACGCCAACAACCAAGACUACUAAGGCAACAACCCCUAAUACAACAACCCCUAAAACAACAACUCCCAAGUCUACAACUGUUAAAACUACAACAGUACCCUGCGAAACAGAAGCAACAACACCGUCUUGCGACACACCAACGCCAACACCUUGCACUUGCAAGCCUACAACACCGGAGACAACUCCCUGUAUCACAACGCCAACAACCAAGACUACUAAGGCAAUAACUACUAAGGCAAUAACUACUAAGGAAAUAGCUACUAAGGCAAUAACCACUAAGGCACCAACACCAACACCUUGUGUAACAACACCAACACCAUGUGUAACAACACCAUGUGAAACAACACCAUGUGUAACAACACCAACACCAUGUAAAACAACACCAUGUGUAACAACACCAACACCAUGUAAAACAACACCAUGUGUAACAACACCAACACCAUGUGAAACAACACCGCCAUGUGUAACAACACCGUGUAUAACAACAGAUCACAGAUGGCAUUUCCAUUACGACGACGAAGACUUUGACAAUGACAGUGAUUCAGAUUCCACGAUACGAGUGUAUAGUUCUAGGAACGAUUGCAACGAAUUGCCGGAUGGGACCUAUCUUAUAGACCGUCGAUUCUGUUAUCGCUUCUAUGUCUGUCUCAACGGACGUGUAGAGCCUUUCAGAUGUCCGUUUGGCUUUUGGUUUGAUAGAGAUUUGAAUAGUUGCCGUCCUCGUCGCGAAGUGCAAAAUUGUCGAAGACUUUAAUACAUAUUCCAUCGUUAAAUAGACCAAACACAGAUCGACAGAUCGACAUAUUCAGUUUCCAAACACUGCUAAUCUUUAUUAAAUAUUGUGCGCACAUAAAAUAAUCUACAGUAUACUAUAAAAUGAGCAUUCCAAAAAUCGUA